GGCAGCGGUGGGGCCGGUCGGGACAGUCUGGGCACAUUCCUUGGUGCAGGCACUGCCAGCGACUUGGGGUCCUGCAGCCUGGGGACAGCAGAACAGCAAGGGAAUAUCAAAGGCGUCUCUAAGAUGGACCUCCUGGAGCAGGCUGGUUCUGGCCUCGCUGACCCCCAGGUGAGUUCCUUGCUGCGGACCCUGCAGGACAAGGUCCCGACAUUCCUCCAGCCCCAGUACUGGCUGCGCUCCUGGAUGUGGCAGGUCUGGAUGGAACUGAUCAAGGCAGCACAGGUGAGCAGCUCCAAGCAGGCAGUGGCAGGAGCGGCAAGCACAGCGGCGUUCUUCCUCUGUGAGGGGCUGCUGGGUCAGCACUUUGAUGUGGUGCCCAACGGGGUGGCUGAGCCCCAGCCUGGGGACCUCUUCCUCUUCCCACUGGCCUCAGGGGGACCCGGCUGGUGGGGUGCCCACGCUGGUGUCUAUUGCGGUGAUGGGGAGAUCAUCCAUCUGGAAGGCACCUCAGGAACAUCCCCAACAGGGAUUGUGGCCAAGCAUGGUAAGAGCCACCUCGUGAGGACACGGGGCCCUGCCAAGGUGCUGCGGAUGAAGGGGGGACUGGAUGCGGCUGCCCUGCAGUGGCGGAUCCAGGCAGCCAUGGACAUGGUGCUGGAGUACGAUGCUGUCACCUGUAACUGCAUCCACUUCGCCCUUGCCCUGUUGGGGCUGGGCCAGCUCAAUGGGGACAUGAUGUUCCCAGCGCUGCAGUGAAGGAGGUGGUGAUGUGACCUGGGGAGCACGUAGGUCUGGAGCACCUUUCCUGGGCUACCAGUGGGAUGAAGGAUACGAGACAAAGGAUCUGGGAAUAAGAACGUGGGACUGUCACCACCCAAAUGGAUGAGGAUCGUUGAGGUUUUGAAGUUUCCUCAGGUUAAAUUAAGGUGAAAUGACACCAAACAAUUGGCUGAAUGUUUGGGUUUUUUUUUGUAUCACGCUAAGUUAUUUAGCACAAGAUGUGGAGUAUAUAUCUAUACCUUAUUGGCAAUAAGGGUUACAUACAAGGUAAAUAUUUUCUCUAAUAUCAUUGAUGUUUUCAUCUCCCACAUAUAUGCCAUACCAAUUUCAAAAUCCAUGUACAUUACAUAAAGCAUUUAGCGGACUUAUUAAAAUUUAGCAAAAAUUG